AAUUCGACUUCUGCGGAGGAGCCGCGGGACGCUACUAGAAUAGAGUUACCUCUUGUGCUCCCGCUGCCAUUUAAAUUGAUUGCCAAGAACGACAGCUCUUUUCUCCACAUCCACUUGAACUGCGACUCUUUUGCGACUUGGAUCAACACCUUAAAUAUAGCGACGUGUAUUUUACAUUACUGCGUACAAUGCCCAUGACGAAACAAUUCCCUACAAAUUUAGUCCACACAUUAAAGACACAUAAUGGGCCGGUGAAUGCCGUCACAUUCUCCAGUUAUCCUGGAACAUACGUUUUGACCGGUUCGUCCGAUCGCGCUGUCCAUCUCUCCCGCGCGAUACCCAACAAACCUGGUACGGAAACGACAUCCCCAAUUCAAAAGUACGAAGCGCACGGGUACUCGGUGCUUGAUGUAGCCGUCGCGGGUGACAAUUCCCGCUUCGCCAGCGUUGGCGGAGACCGACAGGUUUUCCUCUGGGAUGUGGAACAGGGCAUAACUGUAAAGCGAUGGAGUGGGCAUGGGGCGCGUGUUGAAGCGGUGCAAUUUGCAGGCGAAGGCGAUUCGGUCGUCGUUUCUGGCAGCGCAGACACUACGAUUAAUCUCUGGGAUAUACGAUCCAACUCAACGAAGCCAAUCCAAACCCUCACCGAAGCCAGCGACACGGUCUCAUCCAUCCACGUUCACACCCCUACGUAUUCCAUCGCAAGUGGAAGUUACGAUGGCCGUGCCCGUAUCUACGAUGUUCGUAUGGGUCGUACAACGGUCGAUGUUCUCGCACACCCGGUAACGAGCGUGCGCUGUUCGGCGGACGGGAACGCCCUUCUGGCUUCAACAUUAGACAGUCGCAUUCGAAUGCUUGAUCGCACUGAUGGAAAACUUCUCCAGGCGUUUGGGGGCGGAGAUAAAGGUCCAGGGAAGACCGGGUAUCGGAAUAGCGAGCUGCGAAUCAGGUCUGCAUUUGCCAAGGGGGAUGCGAUAGUACUUAGUGGAAGCGAAACGGAUAAGGCAGAUCGGUCGGCCCAGGCGUACAUAUAUGCUUGGGAUGUUGUGAGCGGGGAGCUCGUUGCUAGUGUUCCAGCUGGCGAGGGUGUCAAGGUUGUCAGUUGCGUGGCGUGGAAUGAGAAGGGGGGAUGUUGGGCCGGUGGUUGUUCCGACGGCAGCGUCAAAAUCUACGGCUAAAGCAGGCUCCGUCAACCGAUGAAUAAUUAACUUAAACAUACCACGUGCAUGAGUCAUGUUGCACAUAUCACUUUCACCAACUACAGCCCAUAGGCUCCUACCCCCAAGAGAGGCGAAGGCAUCGCAAUCCCUAAGAGGAAAACAUCGUGGCACAGAUCGCUUUCCUGAGACAAGGCAAACCACUCAAGCGAUAUCUUAAUCUCCACAGCUCGUAGCCACUUGCCAAGUGUGCAGUGCUUCUGCGUUCACUGAUAGCCAUAGGGCCUCAGCUGCGCCACCACUAAGACUUCAGAAACUUGGUUAUACUUUCCCCUCCCACAAACGCAUGACACAGUCACAAACACCGAUCUAUUGAUUAGUUCCUUUGGUUUUGUGGGAAUGUAUGGAUUGCCACCAUGGAGUAGUGAGGGUUCAUUCGCGGAGUUUUACCAUAAGACGAGGCUGGGUUUUAAAUUGGUCUAGUUCAAGCUUUUAGGCCCCUGCAAUUACGACUAUUGUGGUUUUCUCAGCUGAUGGAGGUUUGCCUUGGAAGUCCUAU